CCUCAAAACCAAAACAACCGCGUCAUGACAAAUGUAGGGAUUACUUAAUUCUCCGCUUUUGAUUCAAUUUACACUCGAUGCAUUAGAUCACUGAUAACAGGAAAUAAAAGCUCAUUGGGGAAAUCGCUCGUGGUGCGACAGAAUGUCUGAUGACUUCAGCCAGUCUCUGACUCCCCCAGUGUCCCCAUUCACUUCAGACAGUCAUUGUGAUCCGAUUCCUGCGCGUCCACCGCAUUUCUGCUGCUCUGAGGUUAAAGAUGAAGCCGCUGCUGCUCUGUCACCUGAAGGAUACGCUGCCAGAGGCUCCCUGAAACGGAUGCUGUUACGGCUGGACCCAGCACCAGCUGAGUGUGAGGCAGACACGGUAGAGAUCUUUGGCUUCGUCUGGGUGACGGAGACGGCACUGGUGGAAAAAACCAAACUACUCUUUGGUCUGUUCAGACAAAAUGUUUACAAACUGGAGACUUUGGUCAAGUCCUCCUCUCAUGACUUUGGACUGGCAGGCAACCUCCACUAUGAGGCAGACGAUCUUCGACAGCAGUGCGUUUUAUUUCUCCAGUACGUGAAAGUCUUCUUGCACAGAUACGUUGAGCCCAGCAGCUCCAUGGAUGCAGGUCCGUCUCAGCCUCACGAGGAGCUGGAGCUGCAGUUUCCCUCGGCUCUGCUGGAGGAGCUGUUUGGCCUCACUCUCCUUACUGGUCGACUCAAGGAUCUGCCGGCCAACGUUCAGAGUGCUCUGGUUAUACAAAACCCAGGAAAGAUUUUUCCUCCCUCCUGGCAUUUACUGCACCUUCAUCUUGACAUCCACUGGUCAGUCUUGGAGAUACUGCACAUACUUGGUCACAAGAUGCAAGGGCAGGUGGUGUACGCCCACCAGUUUGUAAAUCUGACAGGAGAGAACCUGACUGAUACCAGUCUGUUUGAAGACCACCUGUGCAGUCUGCUCUGUGACCUCACAGGUCUGGCCAUGGGCAAAUACAGCAAGGUGAGGCCCACAGAGGUGUUGAGCAGCAAUCAUUACCUGUGCACCUGCACAAAAGAGAUCUGGAUUCUGAUCAUGCACCUCCUGGAAUACAGGAAUAAAACACUGCACACACAGUCUUUCUGGAGCUACAUGAACUCACUGCUGAAGCCCCUGGCUUUGGGGCAGCCCGGGGCAGAUGGCUUCUCUGGGUUGCCCUCUCAUUGUAAAGACCCUCUGGGCUUCACGUGGUGGCUGGUCACUCAUUUGACCAUGUUGGGCCAGUACAGCCGGAAUGGUACGAUCCAGAGUGAGAAACACCUGGACGAUAACUGGACGUUUGUUGAAGACUUGCUGAAGUUAACCUGUAACCCAAAGAGGGCGCUUGCUGAGGAGCAGGUGAGGAUGCACGUCCACUGCUGCCUCACUCUGUGUCUGCUGUGGGGAUCCAGCACCACUGCCGUCUCCAUCCUCUGGGAUUAUUACAGUAAGAACCUGAACGCCUCGUUCACUGUGCCCUGGCUGGGGGUGUCUGCUUUGAGAACGCAGUUCAAGACGCCUCUGGCUGUGCUGGAGGAGGCCCGCCGCCUCGGAUGUCCCUCUCCCGUCCGCUCUCCGGGACACACCCAGCUGUACCGCUCGGCCAGCUCCUUCCACAUCUUCCUCAGAGUGCUGGCCCUGUGCCUCGGCCAGGACGGAGUGGGUGGAGUCCCACAGAGACAAAUCAAGGGCAGAAUUUACUCCAAGUUCUCCUCAAAGAAGAUGCUGGAGCUGUCUGAAGCAGGCCUCAUGAAUUUUCUGCUGCUCUUUCUGGUGGUGGCCCGGCAGGUAGAGCUGGAGGACGUGGCCAGCAGGUUCUGUGAGCUGCUCGGCUUUUUGCCCUCCAACCGCCCCCCGGCACACCGCUCACUGGUAUGGAGGGGGCAGUUGGCAUUGCUGUUGCUCUUUCAGGAGAGAGGUCUGGAUGUUGGGGUCCAGGCCAGCUGGUUGGCGGCUUCCUUUAAUGAGACGGCCAAGGAGUUCUACAACAAAACCACGGAGGCCUCCCGCAGACAAGCCCUCUGGGGGCCUCUGGGCUCCUACCUGGAUGGUGUGGCUGAGGUGUUUGAGAUGAGCUCCAGCCUCAGCCUGUCAGAGGAGAAGCUGCUCAGUGAGGGCUUUGACUGGCUGCUUCCUGCUUGUCGCCAGUCGGAGCUGAACUCGGCGCUGAGCUUCCUGCAGGUCGUCCUGGCGCAGCUCAGGCGGGUCCAUCAGCUCACUGUCCAGUCAGCGGCCACGCCAGCCUGGGCUCCUCCUCUCAACAGUGUGGUUAAAGAGCGCCACCUAGCGGUAGCUGCUGCCUUGUGGACGCACUUCUUCCCCUUUCUGCGCAGCCUGCGCCUCUCCCAAACCCCCCCAGCACAGUUGGCAGACACCGCAGCAGGUUUCACUUUGCUGGCAUUUGAUCUGCCCAGUUCUGCCCCCCAGGACCUUCAACCCAACCCGCUUCAGUCCAUCAUGCAGUGUUUUGGCUGGGAUGAUAUGGUUAACCCGCUUCUGGUAACUCGCUACCUUCCCCAUCUGCUCCAGAACAGCGAGCUGGUGUCCUCGCUCAGCAGCGGCUCUGGUGCUGCUGCUGGUUCUGCACAGAGCCUCUCUGUGAAGGCCUGGUUCAGAUGUGUCCUGCAGCAGCAUCUCCACAGGAACCUCCAUGGGACAGACAGCAAAACUGGCCGGGCUGUGGGGGAACAGCUGAGUGAACUCACCCGCCUCGUGCUGAGGCUCCCAGAAGUAGAGGAUCUUCUGCAGAAAGCUGCCCUUCAUCCCGCAUCCAGCAGGUUGGAGCCCACUGCAGCUCUGGAGAUGUUUGUCAAGGCGGUGGGCAGUGUCUACAGUGGACUCUCACUCUUAUCUGAGCGAUCGGCCAUGAUUACCAGAGCUCUCAGCUACAUUGGUGACAUCUUAAAAUACAUUAACCCUUAUGUGGUGAGCAAGAACCACGAGGGGAUACAGCUGGCAUACUGGGCUGUGGGUUGUGUAGUGAAACACUGGAGCCCCCUGCUGGCCACUUCCAGAUGUCAGCAGCUGUUGUUCCGCAUUGUGGAUGGUCUGCUGCUUCCUCACAACCUCCCUCAGGACAAAGCUCUGAGGGACAGCCUGCCUUUGUAUCUACAGGGUCUGUCGGUGGCCUCAGGUGUGUCUCAGUCUCAGGGGGUUUACCUGAAGCAGCAGCUGCGCUCUGUAACCUGCAGAUAUCUGGACCACUUCCUGCCUGCCUCGCCGUAUGUUGGCAGCAUCGCCAACCACCCCGUGCUUCUGGCUGCGUGUGAGCCCAGCCCAACUGUGCGGGGGGCUGCACUGAGGAGGACCAUCCUGGGGGUGCUGUGUGACAACUUUCUUCAGUUCAAAGGUCACACCCCCCCUCCUCGCCUCGCAUCGGUCCUGAUCUUCCUGUUUGAGCUCCUGAGGAGAAACACGGACUCUGACGUCACCCUCCUCACCGUCCCCCUCCCCUCUCUGCUGCGUUGCUUGAUGCUGGUCAAUGAGCCACAAGUGAGGAAGACGAGCUUAGAUGCUCUGCAGCUUGUGGUGGAGCGAUGUGCCGUUGCGUCAUCCGAAGGACCAUGCGAGCAGAUGAUUGCAGUGUUACGGUCAUUUGUGGAGGAGAAUGAAGGGGUGUACGCCAGGCAGGUGUACGGCGUUUUGGAGACGGUAGCUGUGUUGGAUCCCAGUGUGGUUCAAGCUCUCAUUCCCAGUCUGUCCCAAAGUCUGAGAAGCUGUGAGCACAAACAAGGACUGGGCAAGAACAUCACCCUGAGGAGUGCAUAUGUGAAGCUGCUGAGUCUGCUGGGAGAGAGUGGGCAGGCAGAAAUCACCAAUCUGGAGAGCGACUAAGACGUUCCUACCAAAGAAAAACGUGGACCUUUUUUACUGAAACGUCCAUCGCUGCUGCACAAAGCUGAAUGAGUAGUACUUUUUUUUAUAAGGAAUGCCUAUUAAAAUGUUACUAAACUGUACUUAAUGUAAAUUGUAUGUGGAAAUCACAGUCUUACAUUUAGGAAAAUGUUUGAGAAUAAAACAAAAAGUGAUGUUCAAA